AGCGACACUUUCUGCACAUGUGUCAGUGGCAUUCAUUUUUGUUUUCGUUUUGCAUCAACGAUCGUGUGGAUUUUCAUCCGACAAGAUAAGAUAGGAGAUGUGGUGAUAACCGAACUGUGAUAGAAGACAGACAAGAAUUUUUGUUUAAAGGAAAGUGUGCGUGUGCCAAACAUGGAGCCAUUUGUUCCGUCGCUAUUUUUCUACGCCAUUGUGGUCGGAUUUUGUGAACUGUGUCGCCGGGGAUGUGAUAAAUAUUUGAAAAAUUCCGGUUCACCAACAUCGCCGAAAGGAUUUCUAAUUUCGGCUAUCGGCGCUCUGCAAGCGAUUACAUGUGUCUAUGAAAAUCAAUUGGUCGUCCAGCAUUACGGUCUGGGUGGCUUUGCGGUCACCGUAUUUUUGCUGUUGAAUGUGCAUCGACUAACCAAUCGGGGAUGUAUUCUGUCACCAGCCGCUGUCUCGGAACGCUAUUUGAUUGGUCAGAUGGGAAUACGGGAUUGUGUGGGUGUUUUGGUGGCUGAACUAUUAGGCGGAGCAUUAGGAUUCAAAUUGGCUGGCCUGUUCUGGCGAUUGGGACUUAGCGAACAACACUUUGUACAUUACAAAACAUUCGAUUGUAUGCUGGCCUACAAGACUCCCAUUUUGACGGUCGCCCUGUACGAAUUUUUGGCAGUUAUGGCGAUUCGUAUCAUAAUUGGCUACGUUACGAAACAUAAGCCAAAGUAUUCUGCCUAUGCAAUAUCGUUAUCCGUUAGUCUUCUAUUAACCAUAGGAAUCGCUACAGUUGGACCAGUUGCAUUGAAUCCACUGGUCGCCCAUGGACGAUUCUUUGGCUGUAAAGGCAUUUCCCACUACGAAUAUGCGCUCACUUAUUGGCUGGCGCCAAUAUCGGGAUGGAUACUUGGCUGGCAAGUAGACAAACGUACUGUCACUGCGCCGAAACGUCAUUUGAAAAAGAAAUGAUCUUUCUGGAGUCAUUCAGUCAUCACAUCCACAUUAACUUUUCGUAUCAUAGUCGAUACAAAGACUUCGAUACAAUUUUGAAUUCAUUAUUUUUUUGUUCUUUUCGUUUUAUCAAUCGUAUGCGGGCAGCAUAAUAUAGUAUUAUAGUUACUGACUGACGUUGCUACUCAUAGAAUUUUGUGUAAAAAUAUUGACAAAAGAAAAUAUUUGAAGAAAUUAUUUUUUACAAUGCAAAUGACUCAAGACAUUCCUCAGAUAAAGUACCUACACAUUACAACGCCAUAAGUAUUCAAUUUUGUUGAAUCGACCGAAUAAUUCAAUUUUUUUUACUUGCGUUUUUUUACGAAAUAUUUUUUUUUUUUCAACUAUGGGCUUCCGAACAAUCAAGGACAUCUCUAUCCUUAGAACUAUUCAUAAAUAUAUUAAAUGGAAAAUAAAUAAUUGUAUUGGACA